GAAGAAGAAGAACACCACUGGAAUUCGUUUUGUUGUUUUUGUUUUUAUACAAUUCGAAUUCCUUUCAAAAUCUCUCCUGGUUUUUUCCUUAACUUUCUGAAUGAGACAGGAAUCACAAUGCUGUUGAAUUGCACGAGGCUGACACACGGCUGCACGACUCGCCGGGUCACGCAAAUCAGCCAAAUCAGGUCGCCCACAUCAUAUAACCACCAUUUGGGCAGGUGUCUCCACCGACGCAGCACCACCGCCAGGACCACCCUGCCGCCCAGCCACCCACCACUGGCCACACCUGCGAGGCAACUGCUUCAAACGCUCCGCAUGCCGUGGUGGUGCAUGCGACGAGGUUUCGCCCAGAGCAGCAAGUGGUUGGCCAGGAAUGCCAAGGCGGACGCAGUGCCUCCAGUUGGAGCCGAGCCGGUGAAAAUGGGCAGAUCCCAGUAUGGCCGCCUGCUCAGCCUGACCAAAUCGGAGAAAUGGGUGCUCUCAGCGGGCAUUGGCUGUCUGGUGGUCUCCUCGGCCAUCACCAUGUCGGUGCCCCUUUUCCUGGGCAAGGUCAUCGAUGUGGUCUUCAAUAAAUCGGGCAUAGACAGCGCCGCCAUGGCCAAACUGGGCGAGUACUCAAUGCUGCUCUUCGCCAUCUUCGUGGUGGGCGGAUUCGCCAACUUUGCCCGUGUCCACCUGUUCGGAAAUGCGGCUCUCCGCAUCGUGCGCAACCUGAGAUCCCGACUGUACAGAUCCAUGCUGCUGCAGGAGGUGGGAUGGUUCGAUACCAAGGGCAGCGGCGAACUGAUCAACCGGCUGAGCAACGACACCUACAUGGUGGGCAUGUCGCUCAGCCAGAACGUCUCCGAUGGCCUGCGAUCUGUGGCCAUGAUUGGCGUCGGCACGGGCAUGAUGAUCUACACUUCGCCGCAGCUGGCGGCCGUGAGUGCCCUGGUGGUGCCGGCAAUGGCGGGCAUGGCCAUUGUCUAUGGACGCUAUGUGCGGCGCAUCACCAAAACGGAACUGGACAAGUAUGCGGAGAUAAUGAAGUACGCGGAGGAGCGAUUCGGCAAUGUUAAGACGGUGAAGACCUUCUGCCGGGAACAGCAGGAAGUGGCCGCCUUCGAUGGCCUGCUGGAUGAGGCUCUGCAGAUUGGCUACAAGGAGACGCGUGCCAGAGCUAUUUUCUUUGGAUUGACUGGCUUCUGUGGCAACUUCAUCAUUAUAUCCGUGCUGUGGUAUGGCGGCACCUUGGUUCUGCAAGACUCGCUGACCAUUGGUGCUCUGACUGCCUUCAUGCUGUACGCCGGCUAUGUGGCCAUCUCGAUGAACGGGCUGUCCAACUUCUACAGCCAGCUGAACAAGGGCAUUGGCGCUGCGGAGCGAAUCUGGGAGAUUCUGGACAGGGAGUGCACGAUACCCAUUGACAAGGGCAUUGUGCCGGUGGAGAAGCCGGUGGGCGAAGUGGGUUUCCAGAACGUCUACUUCACAUUUCCCACGCGUCCAGAAUCCGCUGUCCUCGCCGAUUUCACGUUGAAUCUGAUGCCGGGAAAAACCACGGCGGUUGUGGGUCGUUCUGGAUCCGGAAAGACAACGAUAGCCCUGCUAAUGCUUCGACUGUACGAUCCGCAAGGGGGCACUGUUCAGCUGGAUGGCGUGGAUCUGCGAACGGUGAAUCCACAGUGGCUGCGGAACAAUAUCGGUGCUGUCAGCCAGGAGCCAGUGCUUUUUUCCUGUUCGAUCCGGGAGAACAUACUAUACGGCGCUAAUCCCGGCGAGACGCCGAGCGAGGAGCAACUGCAGCGGGUCGUUGAGGAGGCGAACGUCAGUCAGUUCACGGACCAACUGCCGGAUGGCCUGGAAACGCUCGUCGGCCAGCGGGGAAUGAUGCUGAGUGGCGGACAGAAACAACGAGUGGCGAUUGCCAGGGCGCUCAUCAAGAAUCCCGCCAUCCUGAUACUCGACGAAGCCACCAGUGCACUGGACGCCGUUUCGGAGAACCUGGUGCAAAACGCCUUGGAUAAUCUUGUCCAGGGACGCACCGUGUUGACGAUUGCCCACCGACUUAGUACGAUCCGGAACGCGGAUCAAAUCGCCGUCUUGAGCGAUGGCAAGAUUGUGGAGCAGGGCAGCUACAAUGAGCUGAUGGGCAUCGAGGAGGGCGUCUUCCGGGAGCUGGUGGCCAGCCAGGCAUUCGCCGGACGAGAUUGAGGUGCCGGAGGAGGAGGCUUGGGAGCGGGGACUUAGAUUAGGCGGAGGAGACGACUUAAGAUUAGGCGUGGGCCCACCGCUGGUUGGUGGUGGCUCCGCUGGUGCAACUGUUACCGUGCUAUGUGUUCAAAAAUCAAAUGUUUUUAUUUCUUUGUACAAUACACACGAUUGACCAUUGUUAAAGAUUGA